CUGUUCUUUCAUGGUUACAGAAAAACCCUCCCCUUUUCCCUUCCCUCUCUCGGCUGUUCUUUCAUUGUAGCAGCCUCCAACAGAAAAACCAGCGAUAUAUCACAGAUUGGACGGCUGAGAAAGCUCUAUUUCAUUAUCAUUCUGAUUAAAAAUGCUCAGUCUGUCUCCUGCUUCCUGGGACCUCUCUCAAAGAAGUGUUUGCUUUGGCCAUACAGAUUUUCAGUGGCCUCCUGCAAGCUCGAGUUCUAAAGCUUUUGGUUUGAAGAUCGGGCAUCAACGUCUUCAAUCUGAUGGAAUGCUGAAAACCUUCUGUUGUGCCAGUGGAGAGGCUGGUCGAGGUUCAGCAAUGAAGAAACAGGAAAUAUACCCCCAAAAUGUGAAUCUCCCACCCAUACUUCCAAAGAACAAGAAGAAACCUUACCCAAUCCCUCUCAAGAAGAUACAACGGGCUGCAAGGGCUGAUAAGAAGCUAGCAGAAAUGGGAAUAGAAAAGCCUCUUGAGGCUCCAAAGAAUGGGUUAUUGGUACCUGAUCUCAUUCCUGUCGCACAUCAGGUACUAGAAGCAUGGAAAGUACUGAUUAAGGGCCUGGCACAGCUCUUGACGGUUGUUCCUGUCUAUGGUUGCAGUGAAUGCCCGGAAGUCCAUGUGGGCCAGACCGGUCACCAUAUCCAGGACUGCCAUGGCCCAAGCAAUGUGAAUCGCAGAAGCUUCCACCAAUGGGUGAAGGGUUCUAUCAAUGAUGUCCUCAUCCCAAUUGAAUCAUACCACCUCUAUGACCCAUUUGGCCUACGAAUCAAACAUGAGACUCGGUUCGACUACGACCGAAUUCCUGCAGUUGUUGAGCUAUGCAUCCAAGCGGGCAUGGAGUUACCAGAAUACCCUUCACGUAGAAGGACAACCCCAGUUCGGAUGCUUGGUAAGAAGGUGAUCAACCGAGGCGGAUAUGUCGGGGAGCCCAAACCAUGUCGUCUAGGAGACUCGUCAUCCUUGCUUGCAGAGCUUGACACAUAUGAGGCCUGCAUUGGGCAGUCUCCUCCUCCAGCAUCCGAUGUACAGCAGCUCGCAGAGAAGACACUCAAAGCAUACGAAACCGUGAGGUGGGGUGUGAGGAAGUUGAUGAGGAAAUACACAGUGAAAGCGUGCGGAUAUUGCUCAGAGGUUCACGUGGGGCCAUGGGGUCACAAUGUCAAGCUGUGUGGGACAUUCAAGCACCAGUGGAGGGAUGGGAAACAUGGGUGGCAAGAUGCUACAGUAGAGGAGGUGUUCCCACCAAACUAUGUGUGGCAUGUGCGGGAUCCUAAUGGGCCACCUUUGAAGGGUUCACUCAAGAGGUUCUAUGGCAAGGCACCAGCUGUGGUUGAGGUGUGUGUGCAGGCAGGUGCAGCCAUCCCGCAUAAGUACAAGCCCAUGAUGAGGCUUGACAUCAUAAUUCCCGAUUACGAGGAAGCAUAUUUGGUUGCAUGAGAUUGAAAUCAGAUUCUGCUCUCCAUAUGCAAGACCGGAUGGUGGAUGUAUUCUGUCAGCUGAUUACUGGCCCUCAUAACUGUGUAUAAUCUGAAAAGGUACGUGCAUAUUUCAUCUAACCCUCUGAAUAGAAUGCAUUGCUUUGAGCAUGAAAAGCCAUUUCUGAAUUUCAUUCUGGAUGUGUAAAAGAAUUCUUCAGCUGCC